AGAAAAACACGCAGGACGACGCUGGGCCGGGCUGGUUCGGACUCCCCGCAACCGAAAUGACCGACCAUUUAAAAGCCGAGCUGCAGGCCAUCAAGAUGCGAGGGUAUAUCGAUCCCAAGCGAUUCUACAGAAGCAAUGACUCGCAUAAAAUGCCAAAGUUCUUUUCUGUGGGUACGGUUGUGAGUGGCGAGGGUGAUAGGUUUGGUAACGACCCCACGACGCGACCGAGUGUCAAGGGUGGGCUGGUUGACGAACUUCUGGCGGACGAUAAGUCCAAAGCCUAUUUCAAGCGCAAAUUCAAGGAGGUGCAAGCCAAGAAACUUUCAGGAGGGAGAUUACAUCUCAAACAGAAGCAAAAGAAGAGGGCUCCGGCGUGGCGCAAGAAUAUUUAAUGUACAAUUUAUUAAAAGCACAACAAAUGUCAAAAACGUGA